GAAACAAGUUCAAUACUCAAGUGUGAAAACUUGCAUCAAUUACAUUUACACUGGUAAUUUUCCCACUCCUGGUCGUGAGGAUCGUGAACAACUAAUGUUUACGGCUCAUAUGCUCCAGUUACAAGGCAUGUGACAAAAUUGCAAUAUCUCUUGAGGAAGAACUGAGUCCAGAAUCGUUCUAUUCGACAAAGAUGAUCGCAAGCACUUUCAACUGCAUUGAUUUAGUUGAAAGUUGCAACAAAUAUGCUCUGAAAAAUUUCCAAUCAAUUGCUGUUCGAGAUUAUUUCAAACAUUUUGAGAAAGAUUUUGUUUCUUUCUUGGUUGGAUCAAAAGAAACAAAGGCAGGAGAAAACAUUAAAUGCAAAGCGUUGAUUAUCUGGACAAGUUAUGACAUCGAAAAUAGAAAAUCAUGUUUCGAAGAAAUGUUCAACAAACUAGAUUUGGGGAGAAUCACAUUGUCAUAUCAAAGACAUUUAAUUGAAAAUGAGGUUUUGGUUUUCGAAACAAAUUCAUGUCUUCGAGCCAUUGCAAUUCUACCUUUCAAUCGAAACAACAUAAAAGCUAAGGAUGUCACUCUUCAAGAUCUUUCAAAUCAGAAACUUUUUUUUUCAGAAUUCCCAGUCGACAAUGCGAUUGCCGUGUUUGAUAAAAAUUCUAAAGCGAUUCAAGCAUUUGAUCCUGAGUUGAAGUCUUGGACAAAGAUACAGGAUAUCGAUGAUGAAUUCGUUGGAAAGGAAUUUACCGCUCUUGUACUUGAUAGCAUUAUCUAUGUUCUCGUGUUUGAUGGAACCAAUUAUCAACUUGAUUAUACUGAUACUUAUGCUUCGUGGAUUAGACUGGCAGAUCGGAAAAUGACAAAAAGUCGUGUGGCCGCGGUUACAUUUGAAGGUUCAAUCUACGCAUUUGAUGAUUCUGGCAAAAACAGUAAAACAGUUGAGAAAUUUGAUCCAUCUGAUGGAACUUGGUCUCAUGUCACUGAUAAACCAGUGGAAGGAUAUUUUACAUCAAUAGUUGCCGCUGGAAGUUUCAUCUACUGUAUUGGAGGGUUUAAUGGUAAAAAUCUAAUAAAUACAAUGAAAUUCAAUCCAUCAGAUUCAACAUGGACGACACUUCCUUCAAUGCCGACUGCAAGAAAUGGUGCAGCUGCAGUUAAACUUGAUUGGAAGAUUUAUGUCAUGGGUGGAUACAACAGUGGCUACUUGAACAUUGUGGAAUUCUUUGAUACAGUUACUGAAACAUGGACCACUGUUGCCUGUUUAAACAAUUCAAGAUAUUAUUUCAAAACAUGUGUUGUUGAAAGAAAGAUAUUUGCUGUUGGAGGGAAUAAUUCCAAUAACACAAUAGAAGAAUAUGAUCCUGCUGUAAACUCCUGGAAAGUUGUUGAUUCAAUGGAUGGGAAAAACAUUCGGAAAUGGGCUUCCAUUGCUUUGAAUGUUCCGUUAUAGACAAUGACUAAAUAUCCCACGCCACUGCUUUCAACUUCAACUAUUUUACACUGCUAUGAUUGACAAUCACUCCAAUGUUUGAGAAAUAAACUGAUUUACUCAUUCUGCGUAUUAUAUCAAAACAGUAGAUUUCCAAUCUAUCAAUAUUUUUCUUUAUCGUUGUGAUUUAAAAUUGUGAAUAUCAUUUUAUUCAGAAAAACUAUUCAAGUUAAUAUUAGACCUUGAAAUUGAU